AUGGACAUCGCCGAAUCCCUCACAACCACACAAGGUCUCCAGACCAUCCACUGCAUCGACAUGCACACAACAGGCGAACCCACCCGCAUCAUCUAUGCGGGGUUCCCCAACCUCACAGGCACGCUUCUCUCGCAACGCGACCAAGCCAAACAACACCAUGACGACGUCCGGAAACGCCUGAUGCUCGAGCCGCGCGGUCACGACGGCAUGUACGGAGCAAUCAUCCGACCGGAGACGGAGCUGGUGCUUAACGGAACAGCAGACAUCGGGGUGCUGUUCACCCAUAACGAGGGCUACUCGACGAUGUGCGGACACGCAACCAUAGCACUGGGGCGAUUUCUUGUCGACACGCAUGACCGCAGCGUGUUUCCGCGGCGGGACCAGCUGCGAUUCGAUCCCCGCACGCAGACUGUCGCGGUCAAUAUCCACGCGCCUUGUGGUCUGGUCCGGAUUACGGUGCCAGCUACGGUAGACGGAAACAAGUCUGAUCCUGCUCGUCCUGUGGCGUUUUUCUCGACGCCGUCCUUCGCCACGGCGCUGCAGGUUGAGAUGCCCGUGCCGCCAGAAGUGCGUUGGCCGCAGCUCGGGGCGAAGGGGUCGAUUUUGCUGGAUGUUAGUUAUGGUGGAGCGUUCUACGCUAUUGUCUCUGCCUCAGAACUCGGGUUUGCGGGUCUCCGCAAUGUCGAUCUGGAUGCUGUUACGGCCUGCAUGCAGAUGCUCAUUCCUUAUCUCAAGAGCCGGCCCGAGAUCGUGUCGGCCAUUCAGCAUCCUGAUGAUCCACGACUCUCGUUUCUGUACUCUGUCAUGGUAGUGGAUCAGGCUGUGGGGCUCAAACCACAGGACGUGCUAGGGAGUGAGACAGGUCUCUGUUACUUCGCUGGCAACCAGAUCGAUCGAUCGCCUACGGGAUCGUGUGUCUCGGCCAGGAUGGCACUGGCGCAUGCAAAGGGCCUGCGCGGUAUUGGACAACGCUGGGCUUAUAAUUCACUUGUGUCUAACCAUUUUGGCACGGGGGCAUUUAGCGCUGAGAUCGUGGAGGAGGUUGAGCUGCAGGGGGCGAUAAGUGGGAAGAUGAAGGGCGUUGUUGUCCAGGUUGAAGGGCAGGCGUUCUAUACGGGUGCUUCGAGCUUCAUGGUAGAAGAGGGUGACGACACUUCGCGAAGCGGGUUCACGAUGGGCAGUGUUGCAUAG